AAAGAGUUAGAUGCUCUCAGAAUGCAAAGACUAUCGAAUCAUUUGGAGUACCUCAAAGCUCGUACAUAUGAUGAUGGUACAAAUGAUGGAGCUCGUACAGAUGAUGAAGCUCGUACAGAUAAUGUAGAGUCCGACGAUCCUAUGCAAUUUAUGGGAUCAGAGCUUCAUGAUAUUGCGAGACUGGAUGAUCCAAAUGACACCAUUCCCGAGGAAUCUCGCACCUCAGUGGAAGAAUCUCCCGUUCCUGAGACUGCAUUAGAGACUUCAUCGAGGAGGGGACGAGGGAAGAAUAAAAACACAGUUCUUGCAAGAAUGGGAACCGGAGAGAAGAUGAGGUUGGAGUUUAGGGACUUGGAUGGAAGACCUAUAUGUGAUAACGCCUGCUAUUGGUCUCGCCAUAUUGGGAGCGUUGUGCGGAAAGGCGAGUUGGUGCCACAUCGUUUAAAAAAUUGGUCUGAACUCUCCCAAUCCCAAUUAAACCAUAUAUGGCAGUCUAUCUCUGAUCCUUUCGAGAGUUCAACAGACAUUCCCAUUGAAGCCUAUAGAGAUAAGACGAUGACACAAGUAAAGAAGGCAUGGGAUAGGUGGAGAUAUGCAAACAAGAAGACUUACAUUGAACCGUAUAUUGAUGACGAGGACAAAAUCAGAACAAACCCUCCUCCAGAAUUUUAUGGCGAAGAUUGGAAUUAUUUGCUUGACAAUCACUACUUCACGUCUGAAUUUAAGAAAAGAAGUAAGACCAACGCUGACAACAGAAAGAAAUUGAUGUACCCCCACCACACCGGCAGCAAACCAUUUUCGCAGAAAGAACGAGAUAUGGAGAGGGAGAUGGGACACCCCCCUAGUCAAGCAGAGUUCUUUCUACAAACACACACUAGGAAAGCGACUGCCGAUGAUCCGACUCCCACGCCUUCUCUACUCGUUCAACAGGCCGUCUCUGUGAUGCGUGAACGGCUAGAAACAAAUCCUAAUUUGUCGCCGCUCGAGGUGUUUGAGUCUGCUUUAGGACGACAGGGACACGGGAGGGUGACAGGGAUGGGAUCGGGUAUACGUCCCACUCACUUCAGACCCGAUCAAAGGGGAAGUUCUUCUUCAAGCGUUAACUCGCGUGUGUCACAACAAACGCUGAUGGAGGAGAACAGGAUUCUGCGAGAAGAGAUUAAUAUGAUACGCGCAGAACAGGAAGCACAAAAGGAGGCACAUGAAGCACAAAAUGAGGCACAAGAGAAAAGGAUUAACGAUAUCCAGGCGGAGGUGCGCGCACAAAAAGAAGCUUUUGAGGCGUUCAUGUCUAUGAUUUCCCCUCCUCCCCCUAAACCCUAA